UUCGCGUUCAUAAAUAGAUGACUGUCUUCUGUGCCCGGAAAAUAGAAAGUAUCUAAAUGGAUCGUGUUUGUUUGAUAGCUGCAAUUGUAUUCCUUGGUACAUGUUUUGGGACUGCAGAGGCAAAAUGUGUGAAAAGAUCAUGCAAUCCUGAAGAUGAUAAGCCAUGUCCAGACUGUUAUUUCUGCAAACAGGAUUACUACGGAAAUUAUUUCUGCUUAUGGGUAAACGAAGGGAAUGUUGUAGAUUUGGAUGAUUUGAAAGCAAUUAUACAAAACUUCGAAUCACUGACAUUAACGACAGUUGAUGGAAAUCCAGACCCGGAUGUGAAUGAUCCAGUUAUUGGAUAUGGAUUUAACUUAAACAGAGCAGAUGCUGCAGCAACAUUCAAUGCAGUUCUUGGAUCUGGUGUUGAUUUUAACAAAGUCCGCAAUGGGGAACAAGGAAUCACACUGGAACAAGCUAAUGCGCUAUUUGAUCACGACAUUGAUAACAUAUACAUACCACGGGCAGAAAACAGUAUUGGAGAAGCCUUGUAUGAUAGUUUGACAUAUAAUAGAAAGGUUGCAAUCGUCAAUGCGUUUUAUAGAGGCGAUAUAGGUCCGACGACCAUUACCUUAAUCAAAGAGAAAAGAUGGGAUGAUGCAUGUGAGGAUUAUUUGGAUAGUGAGGAAUAUAGAAAUUCUGCACAGAACAUCAGGAAACGAAUGGAGUGUAAUGCAAGACAGUUUUGUCCUCCAGAACCCAAACCGUGCAAAAUGGACUAAACCUACAUUUCUAGCAGAAUACGACAAGAAAAUGUUUUGUUACUUUGAAUAUUUCGAAUAUAGAAAUGUACUGUUUUUGUUGUUUCAGAAAGCUGACAUCUAUUAACAAUUCAUCAAUAUUUUUGUUCGUUUAUUGCUUUUUCACUUACACUAUUGAUUCACCAAAUUAUUUAUUUAAUAUUAUACCUCAUGCCAUUCUGGGUAAAACCUACAUAUAAAACAAAAGCAACGUCUUUAUUUCAUUGUUCUGGAAUUAAUAUUUAUACCUUUACACAUUUUAAGAUGUUUUAUGUCUUUUAAGUACAUGAAAAUCAUGCUUGUAAUGAUCUAUUAUUUCUCCAAAUAUUCAAACUUGUUUGUCAUUCGUCAUUCAAUAAGCUAGGUUUAUUUGUUAAUAAAAACAUGUACAUAUUUUACAUAUUUGGUUUGUAAUUCUGUACAUAUGCUUUUAACAUUUAAAAUAUUGCUUGUAUAAUCUUUUCUCUUGGCAUAUCAAAAAUUAACUGAUACGUGCACUUUUAAAUUUUGAGUAUACUGAACAUCGCAUUCUAGUUAUAAAGCUUUUGCACACAGUUGUUCCAGUAAUAUGUUUUCCUUCAUGUAUCAAUAGCUAUUUUGAGCCUUUAUAUUAAAGAUAUAUAUAAUA